CAUGACAAAAUCGGCAUAGUAUCAACGGCCAUCGGCCGCAAACUUCCGCUCGAGGUGAUGGUUUGCCAUCAAUUCUUAUUAGGUAUCGCCCUCGAGUUUGAUAGUACAGCCUACACAGCACUGGGCUAGGCGUAAUAACUCGAGUCUUGAGUACUAUACCUGGGUACACGGGAUUGACAGACACUUCUUUGACGUUUUGGCUUUCAUGUAUCGUCUUCGGAUAUAUAUCCACACUUUCUAGGCGGACGUACAUCUACAUGGAGGUACCUGUUGAUCAUUGCCCACAUCAAGUCAGUUCAGUUACGGACUACGCGAGUCAGUUAUACCUUUGUCUCCGCUGGAACUCCGAGAGGUUUCCCCCAUGUCUGUCGGAAAUUCACAGCAAAAUGUUUGUGCUGGGGCCAGCUACUCAAUGCUGGCUGCGGGAUAUGUUCAGACUGUAAUUUCCCAACCCAUUCGAUUUUUCAAGGACAUUCCCCCCUUUCUG